GGCUAGUCCACUACGAGGGGCUCAAUAGAUAUCCAAUGGGCUGCUUUCCGAACCCAUAUUGCUGGGCCGCCUUAUUUUUGUCCGAAGUUAUUGGGCCGGGCUAUGCUGUCAUCAUUUCCUGAAAAAGAGGAGGCCAUCGAAAUGUGGAACUUUCCUUAUCUUCACUCUUCCUCCCGUCUCCACAGGCGGGAGCUCUAACCAGGGGGAAAAUGGCGGGUUCUGUAGGAGCAGCAGCAGAAGUCAAACUCUGUUUCUACUUCUCUAUUCAGAGCUCCAUUAACAGACCCAUUAGCUCUCUUUCCUUUCCACCCUUUUCCAGGUCCCGCCUUAGCCUCGGCGCCUACACUAAGCCGCGCCUCGCCAGGAUUCCAAGCAAGCGACGACAAUAUCUCCCUUCAGUCCUCUGCAAAUGCAUCUCCACCGCCGCGCCCAACACCAACUACGAGUUCUCCGAUGGCGCUUCGGAUGUGGAAUUGAGAUUGCCGCUCGGGAACCAGGAAAUUCCACGGCCUAGAGAUGUCUGCGUGGAUGCAGCUGGGACUUCGUUGAGGGUCACGGUUCGGCGAUCUGGUUCCGUUGUUACGCUUAUAGAGACUGAUCAAUUGUUCGAUAGAGUGAAACCUUCUGAUACGAUAUGGUUUAUAGAUGAGGAUGAGCUAGUGAUAAACUUGAAGAAGCAUGACCCGAAAUUGAAAUGGCCCGACAUCAUCGAAUCGUGGGAGUCGCUGAGUUCAGCAGCUGUGCAGCUUCUGAGAGGAACAUCGGUGUUCAUUGUAGGGGAUUCUACUGAAGUGAACAGAAGGGUGGCUCGAGAACUUGCUGUUGGUCUAGGGUAUGUGGAUCUUCAUGCCCUCGGCUUUAUUCAUCUCUUCAGAAGGUACACUCCAUUGGACACUCAGGAGUUACUGGAGUCGGUUUCUAAGCAAGAUGUUGAUUCAUGGAUCGCUGAUGAAGGUGUUGAUUCUGUAGCUGAAGCAGAAAGUUCAGUGCUAGAAAGCCUAAGUAGCCACGCUCGAGCUGUGGUGUCAACACUAGGAGGAAAGCAUGGAGCAGCUGCAAGAACCACUAACUGGCGGCAUCUUCACGCAGGUUUCACUGUCUGGGUUUCAGAGACAGAAGCAAUGGAUCAGGAUACAGCUAAGGAGGAGGCUAUAAGGCAUGUGCAAGAUCGCAGCACCGGCUACACAAACGCGGAUGUGGUGGUGAAGCUCCAAGGAUGGGAUCCGGAUCACGCAAAGAGUGUAGCCCAGGCAUCCUUGAGCGCCCUCAAACGUCUAAUUUUGGCCGACAAGGAACUUCCAGGGAAGAAGAGCCUGUACAUAAGGUUGGGAUGUCGAGGAGAUUGGCCAGACAUCAAGCCUCCUGGUUGGGAUCCAUCCAAUAAUACUGAAGUAGCCUUGUAGACAAUCGUCAGCUUGUAGAAUCGAAAUUCUGCUCGCUCACUGUCAGCAAAAUCUGUUAUUUAGACAUUUCUGAUUUCUUCAAGUCUAUUAAGCGUCGUUGAUUUAAUACCGCGGCAAAUAGGUGUACAUGCAUCUCACCGCCGCAAGGAUUUGGGUACCAUAUAGAGCCUAGUGCCCUGGUAUCACUGAGCAUGAUCAUUUCUGAAGUUCGCAUAGGCAAGAAAAAUAUACCAGUAGUGAUCAUGCGAAGGCAACCCAGAUCAACUAAAACUGCAAUCCUAAGAAAUAAG